UUCGAAAAAAAAGAGUUAUCUUGUGUUUUGUUUUGCUUUAAGGCAAUUUCUCUUGCCCCAAAAGAACAAACAACAAUUGCGGGCUUAAAUUGUGUUCAGCACAUGAGGGAAAAGUUUUCGCGAGCUUAACAUCCAUUACCCAGAUCAAAAUCUCGCAAGAAGAAGCAGCAACAUCAGCUAUAAUUGUAGCUCUCGUUUUUAUUGUGUCCGCUUGGGGAGAAAAUGGUGAAAAAUGUGUGUGCGCAACGAAAACACAUGUAGCUCGAAUAAUUCAACAGGAGUGGCUGCCACUGCACGUGCAAAGUGCAUAGGAUAAAUAGUAAAACGGAAUCAACAACAACAAUAGGCAACUGCAAUAAGAACAACAAAAACAUCAACAACUGCAAUCAGAUUCGGGAUCAUACGCUGCAAAGUGCCUCAGCGUCCGCGUCAAAAUGUCGCGCUGGGGCAAAAACAUUGUUGUGCCACUGGACUCGCUCUGCAAGGAGAAGGAGAACACCAAUCGUCCGACAGUGGCACGGUCCGUGGGCACAGUUGGGAAAUGGGGGAAAAUGGGUUUCACAUCGACACGCACCUAUACUUUAUCGGCUCUGCAUCCGAUGGCUGCUGCUGCAGCGGCUGCCGCUGCUGCCGCCAGUCCCGCCCAGAGUCCAGCCUCAACGCAUGAGCAUGAUCCUCACGAUCUGUCCGUGUCGGUGCCGGAGCCGCCCAAACCGAAAAAGUUCUUCAAAUCGCGCAAUGCCGCUCCGCCAGAGGUUAUAGCACAAAUCAUUCAGCAGUUGCCACACUGUGUCGCCACAUCGCCGACACGAGACCACGGGGCGGGAAUGACGGGAUCGGCUACCACGCCCACACAGGAGCAUGGUAACCAUAAGUCGACAGGAGGAGGAAAAGGCAAUUCCGCAGAGCGGAAACGCAAGUCACCCAAAAAGAAGAAGGCCAACUUGGCUGCUGUCGCAACGCCCGGUGCGUUGAAGGAGUUGGCUGAUGGGUUGGAUACAAGCGCUUCACCAGCUGUCGAACCGAAGGGCAAGAAGAAAAAGCUAAAAGAGGAGAAGAAAUUGAAGCCGGAAGCGCCACCUUCACGCAUUUUGGGACGGGCACGCAAGGCGGUCAACUAUUGUGAGGUCGAUGAUGAUGAGCGCUAUCCAACACCCGUCAAAGAUCUGAUCAUUCCAAAAGCUGCGGCAGUAGAGCUGGAUAUAAAUAACUCCACUGCAGAAGCAGAAGCGGUAACCACAUCCGAGGCAGCGACGGUGGCGACGUUGCCGCCACCCAUAAGUGUACCCGCAGCAGCAACCACAACAACAGUGCCAGUGCCAUCUGCCUCGUCUAGUGCGUCCCGUACGCCGGAGCAUCCGCCGAUAGUGUUGCGCAUUUCCAAGGGCACUUCGCGUCUCGUCAGUACAGAUAGUGAGGAGCCACCAAAUGCUUCGCCUGCUGAGCAGCAGCACCAACAACAACAGCAGCAGCCUCAUGAUUUUGAGGCGCCGGAUGCCAGUGAAGCAUACGAUGUUGAAGUUAAAGUUCCUGCACCAAGUACGCCAAAAAUAAUUGUGAAACCGCCACGUCCGCCGCCAGCAAUAGAAGCAAGCACUACAAACAAUAACAACAACAACGACGACGACGAAGAGGAGGAAGAAGAAGAAGAGGAAGACGAGGAGGAGGAACCACCUGAGAUCAACUAUUGUACUGUGAAAAUAUCACCGGAUAAGCCGCCCAAAGAGCGACUGAAGUUGAUCAUUAAAACCGACGUUAUACGCAACGCCAUCGCCAAGGCGGCUGCUGAAAAGAAAUCCAAAAGCAAGAAACACAAACAUCCCAAGCACGCAGCACUUGAGCAGCUGUUGCCGGCCCCCGCAGCAACAACCACAGCACCUGGAGUAGCAACGACGACGGCGGCGCACGUUUCCGCCUCCGAAUUCAAAACGCCAUCACCACAUUUGGCGCUUAGCACCGACCAAGUGCAGCAUCCGCACGCGUUGCCGCAUCAUCACCGCGGCCACGUCAUCUCUCCGACCACCCGCUCCGAGCACGAUUUCGACUCGCAAUCAUCAGUGUUGGGCAGCAUCUCGUCAAAGGGGAACAGUACGCCACAGCUUUUGGCGCAAGCCGUCCAGGAGGACAGUUGUGUGAUACGCAGUCGCGGCUCCAGUGUGAUAACUAGUGAUCUGGAGACGAGUCAACACUCAUCACUGGUGGCGCCACCCUCGGACAUCGAAUCGCGACUCGAGUCCAUGAUGAUGACCAUAGACGGAGCGACGAAUGUCGGAAAUGAGGCGCACACGCGAGUGCCAAUUGCCGAGGAGCCCCUUCAGGAGGAUAUUCUAGCUGUAUUGCGCGGCGAAGUGGCGACGGCUACGCUUAAUGGCGAUGCGAGCGACAAGGAACCAGAGGCGGAAGGUCAACAGCCGAAGCGCUCGACUCGCGGACGACCACGCAGAGCAGUGCCCACCGCCGCAGCUGUCCAAAGCACAGAUGUGGCUGUAGCAAUAGCUGCACCAGCUGCGGAACCAUCACCACCGCCAGCAACGACGACACGAACGCGCGGCCGUGGUAAGCCAGCAACUGCUAUUCCCGAGCCAGUGACGCCAAGUGGCAAACGAGCGACGCGUGGUCGCGCCAAGAAAGUGGAAUCGGAGAGCAAUAUGGAUGUGGGUGAGACCACUCCAGAUAAAAAUACGGCAUUGGCUAUGCUGGACAAUGAGGCGGAACAACAGACGACAACUACUGUGGUAGCCGCUCCACGCCGAGGACGCCCUCCACGUGCCAACAACAACGCGGCAAGCAGUACCAACACCAACAAUAAUAAUAACAAUAUAAGCAAAAUUGCCGCCAAUUUAGCUGGAAAAGCGGAAGCUGGCAAAUCAAAUGAUCUUGGAACGCAACGAAGUUAUGGCCGGAAACGCAAGAAUCCACAAGUGACGCACUUGGAGCCGGAAAGCGAUCCGACGCCCGAAGACGACAUGGCUAUGGAUAUGGAUGCAGAUUCACAGCCCACGCCAGCCAAAAUGCCGCACAACUUGCCGCUGGACGCGCUUACCGAUGACCUUUCGAAUAAUUCGAACAAUUCCUCGCUCCAGCAUGAUGGGUCAACAUCAUCGCCUCCACCUCGGGACUACAAGUUUAAAGAUAAAUUCAAGCGAACACUCACGCUGGACACGCAAGUAGCCAAUCAAGCAAAUGCAGCGGCGGCGGCCGCAGCUGCUGCCGCUGCUGGAACCGCUGAAGAAGCUGUCGAUAGUGGAGAGGUGCCAGCAGCUGAGCAACGAGGCGCCGUCAAACUGGUCAUAUCGAAGAAGAAGGGCAGCAUUUUUAAGAGUCGUACGCUAGUGCGUUCCGAUCAGGCACAACCGGCCACAGUGGCCAAAAGGCAUCUGUAUAAACACAGCUGGGAUGCAGCAUUGGAGGCCAAUGGUGCUGGAACUGGAAGCGAUGCCAGCAAUGCCUCACCCUCGACCACGAGUGGCGGUGGCGUCAAGGCAGAUGCUCUGGUUGCUGGCAAAUCUGCUGCGGAUGCCAUCUAUGCGGACUUUGGUGAUAGCUCCUCGAAUAAUAAUACGUCCAGUGGCAGCGGCGGUGGUUCCUUGCGCGGCGAAAGUCCCUCAAUGGGCAAAUUGACGCGUGGUGCCAAACCCAAUGCGCAAUCGGCACCCACAAACGCCAGUGGUGGCAAUCACUUCGAUCUGGACGAUGCCCUGAGUGGUGGAGGAGGCGGAGGAGGUGUUGCUUCUGGUGGUGUCGGCGUCGGUGGUAGCGGAUCUGGCGGAAGUCUCAGCAAUGCCGAAUCCUCAGUCACCAGUGUGCGAGUCGAUCGCAAGACUAAGGAAUACUAUACGGUUGUGCGUAAUGUGAAGACGGCGCAUCAAAUACAAGAGAUUGGCGAGUAUCAGGAAAUGGACGACGAUGUUGAAUACAUACUGGAUGCGCUGCAGCCGCACAAUCCAUUACCCACACGCUGUCUCUCAGCACUGCAGUUGGCCACAAAAUGCAUGACGCCUUCGUUCCGCAUGCAUGUGCGUGCCCAUGGCGUGGUAACCAAAUUUUUCAAGGCACUUUCUGAUGCUAAUAAGGAUCUGAGCCUGGGCCUCUGCACCUCCGCCAUAAUGUACAUACUCUCACAGGAGGGUCUCAACAUGGAUCUCGAUCGUGACUCACUCGAACUGAUGAUCAAUCUGCUUGAGGCUGAAGGCAUUUCUGCACCCUCCGAUCACGCCAACUAUGAACGCAACAAACAGAAAGUGCGCGAACUCUGCGAGGAGAUCAAGGCGCAAGGCAAGGGCACCCAUUUAAAUGUCGAAUCCAUCACCGUCGGCACCCUGGCCAUGGAAACGUUGCUGUCGCUGACAUCCAAACGUGCUGGUGAAUGGUUUAAGGAGGAUCUGCGCAAACUAGGCGGUCUCGAGCACAUUAUUAAGACCAUCUCGGACUUCUGUCAACCGAUAAUUGAGCGCAGCAAUGUCGCCGCUGGCAUUACGUGGCACCAAUCCCUGCUGGAUAAUAUGCAGACAGUCGCACGGUGUCUGCGCGUGCUGGAGAACGUCACACAGCACAACGAGACAAAUCAACGCUACAUGCUGACCUUUGCCAAUGGGCGAGCCGUGGACACGCUGUGCAUGCUGUAUCGCUUAUGUGAUCGCCAAUUGGUGCUACAUCCCACAACGGAGGCGGGAGGCAACGGCAAAGGCCAAGGCGUGGGUGUGGCUAUGCGCGAGCUCCUUAUUCCAGUCAUGAAGGUAUUAAUCAACCUCACGCACACAUUUAACGAGGCCCAACCAUCGCUGGGUGCUGAACUCCUAGGACGACGCAGCGAUGUCAUUGAGACGAGCUUCCAUUUGCUGCUCUUGGCCUCCAACCUAAUACCGGACCGUUGCGUUUUUGAGCUUAGCAUAUUGGUUCUCACGCUGCUCAUCAAUCUGAGCAUGCACACACUUCCAAAUCGUGCGGCCCUUAUGCAAGCAUAUGCACCACCCGAAUAUAUCGCUGAUCAUCCGCCACAGAAUGACCAGAGCGUGACUGCAAUUCAAGCGCUUCUUGAGUACUUUUACAAAUGCGAGGAGCUGGCCAAGCUGGUCGAGAAGAAUACGGAUGCAUUUUUGGAGAACAACGAGAAGAGCAAGAAGAAGCAGGAGGAGGUGGAAGAGACUGUCAAUAACCUUGUCCAACGCGCCGGCCACCACAUGGAGCACACCCUUAAGGGCAGCUAUGCGGCCAUACUUAUUGGCAACCUGAUAACUGACAAUGAGGAGUAUGAGAACGUUUUGAGACGUCAGUUGCGUGGCAACAGCUUUAAGGAGAUCAUUGGCGUGCUGGAGAAGUAUCAUACGUUCAUGAGCCUAACAUCUAGUUUGGAAGCCGCAUUUGUGGCGCACAUGAAGUCAACGAAGAAAAUCAUUGACAAUUUUAAGAAACGUGACUAUAUCUAUGAGCACUCAGACGAGCAUACAAUGCCGUUAAAUCUAGAGACCACGCACCAUCACCAAAUCAGCAGCACCACCAGCAGCACAAGUGGCAACGUGCCCCCAACGGAGGCAGGCAGCUCAUCGCCACCAAAUAGUGCGACGGCGACGACGACGGCGAGAAGCAGUAAUAUGCCUCGUGUUUAUAAGACCUACAGUAAUCACAGAUAAUUGCAAUACCAUCCACAUCAAAGUCCACAUCCAUAUUCACACACUCGCACCCAUGCCCACGCGCAUACCCACACCCACUGCGACACCCACACGCAAAUGGACACACGCGCAAACGCAUACAAAAAAAGAGAAAGAGAAAGCCUGCCACCAAAACAAAUAGUUUGUUUGUAAUUAAUUGUUUAUGUAGUUUUGUUAUGUGUAUGUAUUUACGUAUAUAAUAAUGGAUCAGCAAUGUCGUCUAAGCUUUAUCAUAAUAGGUGUAGUAUGUAUCCAAUUUUUUGUUGUGCACUAUUUAUUUUGUCCUCUCGACUGGCUACCCUUACGAUUUUAAAAGCAACAAUUUUAUGUAUGUGCUUUUAUUCUAUUAUUAUUUAAUUUCAAUUUUUUUUUAUAUAUACAUAUAUGUAAAAUUUAGCAUUAGUACAUCACUCUAGUAGCAUCAUUUUAUUAAAGAAUAAUCAUCAUGUGUAUGUGUUAACAAAAAGUGAUAGCAAUUUCUUAAAUAAGAUGGUCAGGAGGUCGGUCAGUGUCCUACAAACAGAAUUAUCGGGACAGAUAAGACAAAUUACGGAACACACACACUAUGCAAACGACAAACGAAAACUGAAUUCUGAAAACAGCAGCAACAACAAAAACAACAACCACAACCAAGAUACAAAGUAAUACUGAUAUGUGUACGUUAUAUAGUCAUAAGCAAGUUAGCAACUAUUAAUUAUACGCAUUACCAUAAUUAUAUAUACAUAUGUAAUUUGAUGUACAUAUACAUAUAAUGUUUACGCAAAGAAAUUUAUCGCUCUCGUCUAAUUUUGUCCCAUUUUUUUUAUAUAUAUAUAUAAAUAUAUAAAAAACCAUUAACUAUACCUAUGUAUAAUGAUAGCGCUCUAUAGUAGUAAGUAAGAAAUCCACAUGCAUACCAUAUACAUAUAUGUAUAUGCGAGCUGGAUAACGAUGGUGAUGAUGACCUGUAGGUAAACGGCGCGCCGUAUGUACAUAGAGAGUGUACAUACGUCGUAGGUUUUAUAUGUAAAUGUAAAAUAUGUAUUAAUAAUACAAGAUACGUUUAUAAGCACCGUUACGCAUAAAUUUAUAGUUUUACAAUUACGGCAUAUUAAAAUAUAACUUGUAACAAAUAGCUGCUUAUACACAUAUGUAUAUACAUAUGUACAUAUGUGUAUUUAAAAACAAAUAAAAAUAUAUAUAUACA